AUGUUUAGCUCAGCACUUGCAAACAGGUGUUGGCAAAGCAUUUUCUCAUUCCACUACGCUGUUGAGUGCGCGGUCAGCGGGGGUGCUUGCUUGGGAAUUGGGCCUCGGUGCAUCAAGACCAAUGAGACAAGCACAUUGAAGACCGACUACGUGCCCUGGGACGGCAGCGGCACCAAACUUUGGGGCACAAUGGGUCAGCUGGGCCUCAUGAAGAAGCCCUUCACCGCCAUGGCUUGGGUGAAGUUCCGUGGUCAGGGAAGUCAUGGAAACGCGAUCUUGUCCAUGAGCGAUCGGGAGGAUGGCAGAACCGGCACCGGGAUCGGCUUCAUGCAGGGCUAUGGCAGCUUUGCUUCUUUCGGGAAGAAAAUGUGCCGGGGAUGCAGUCACUGGACAUACUACGACUCCUGGGACAGCAUGUGGGUACAUGAGGCAUUCGCCGUCGACCCAACUACGGGCAAGGUGCUCAUGUACAGGGAAGGAAGACUAAUUCAUUCAUGCAGCGACGUCUUUCCUGGCGACAACAUGGACGAUUUUUUCGUUGUUACUGCUUCAAGAGAAGCCAACGGUGACGUCUACGAUGUCAAAAUCUUCAAGGAUGAGUUCAAAUCUCAGGAGGAGAUCAUUUCUGAGAUGCGCUACCCCCGUUAUCCACAUCGCGGAGUCGAGUACUUGUCCUACGACAAGAAGGAGCUCCAAGACCAUGGAGAGAGAGGAAAAAGGCCUGGGCUUUAUCUCGUUUCCCUCACUGCCAUGGCGUGGGUGCACGUGAAGUCGAAGCUAUCGGGUGAGCAUCCAAUCUUGACCUGGAACGAGGACAAGAGUGCAACUGAGUCCAAGGGCACGAUUGGUGGUGGGCUACGAACAGGUGUUGGCAUCUACCUUUGGAUGGGGCAGGAACGUUGUGAGGGCGGCGAUUUGGAUGAUGGCAAGCUAGUCAAGACAUGCACCGGCUUCAACUACAAGGCGGCCCUUGAGAGCUAUGCAGACCAGCAUGCGCAGGCCAUGUACUCAGAUUCAUGCGAAGAGUUGACAGAUUCCUUGCCCGCGACAAACAAAGCUUACAGUGAGGGGCCAAACAUGGACGGUCCCGAGGGCAUGUGGCGAGCAUGCUUUGGCAAAGAUGGCAAUUUCACGGUGGUGGUCGAGGAACGCUGUGGAAACGGCACGGGCGCUGCAGAGUGCUCAGAGACCACUAGAGCAGAAGAAGACCCAGGCUUUGCAUCUGAGAUGGAGGUGAAGCGCACUGAAUUCAAGGUCUGGGCUUCCCUGCUGUCGUUGUGGUCGCCGGUCUUUGAGAAGAUGGUUGCCUCGGACAGCUUCCUAGAGUCUCAAAUGGGCCAAGUGAUCAUCCAAGACUUCUCUGCCCCUGCCGUUGAGAUUUUUUUGCGGUUCUUGUACACUGGAGUUGUAGAGGCCUCCCCCGGAGUGCUAGUUGAGCUGGUUGCUCUAGCAGACAAGUACCAGGUGGAAGUGCUGCGCGAGAAGUCCCUCGAUGCCCUCAAGAAACAUCUUACACCGGAGGUGGCCUGCGAGGUCUUUGAAGCGGCAGAUACGUUUCAGAUGUCUGACUUGCGCAUGGAGGCCUUAGAAAAGAUCUGGAUAAAUCCUGACAGGGCCCUGAAACUGCGGCCAGCAAUCAAGCCCGAACUCUUGAAGGAAAUCCUGGAUUUCAGCCUCCUUUGCAUCACGGACGCUGCCUUGCUGCAGAUGCUUGGAGCUUGGGACAAGAGGGAAGAUUCGCUCCAGCCAAUCAUCAAAGCUGUUGCGACCCAGGUUCAGAUGAGAAUGCCGGGUCGAAAGCCUGGUCAGUAUGCGGAGAAUAUAUUGAGCACCCUGUAUUCCCGUUAUCCGGACGGAUUGGUUGCUGGCCUUGGCUGUGGUUGGAUCAAAUGGGAGCUUCCCCACUCGCAGGCCUACGUCACAGGCUUCUCUUUUUCAAUGCUGAUCUCAGGGAGGAUCUCAUUCCAGAUCCUUUGUUCGGAGAAUGGAGCUGAGUGGCACGUGGCUCAUGCUUCAGAGUGGCAGGGAAACGGAAAACAGGAUUGCAAAGGACAGGUAAAAGAGCCGCAAGACAUCCCUGCGGGCACGUUGCUGUCUUGCCAGAAGCCCAAGGGCCUGGUGAAGUGCUUCAAGCUCCAAGUUCUGGCUGGCCAGCUGCCCUCCGUGUCUUCUUGCUCCUUUCGCAUUCAUGGCAUCUUCCAGUACUCCAUGGCCGCCAGCGAUCUGACGGGCGAGUCAAGGGCGUAUUGUGUAGUGAUGGCAGAAUUUGCCUUUCAUCCUGGUAACAGCUUCUGUGUCGCAAUGCUCUUUGAAGGAUCCAGCAAUGACCUUCGUGAUGCUGCUGCGAGGCGCCUGCUUUGGAUUGACGGCAUCAGGUAUUUCCUGCAAAGUCCUGCAAGGUGCAUCGGCAAGGAUGGCAACUUCACCGUGGUGGUGGAGGAGCACUUUCCAGACAACACCGGCAGCAAGAACGGUGAUGGAGAUGGUUCCAGCAGAGCCAAGGGCUCUGAGACAGCUUCCCAGGACGAGCCGUCUGAGACUGAGGAUGUUGAUGCUUCUGAGACGCAGGUGAAGCGCACCGAGUUCAAGGUCUGGGCCUCCCUGCUCUCACACUGGUCCCCUGUCUUCGAGAAGAUGGUCAGCUCCGACAAUUAUGUGGAAUCCAAGGAAGGGCAGGUGGUCAUCCAAGACUUCUCAGCCGAUGUUGUGGAGAUUUUCCUACGCUUCUUGUACUGCGGGGUGGUGGAAGGCUCUGCUGGAGCACUUGUGCAGGUGGCAGCCUUGGCAGACAAGUACCAGGUCAACAAGCUGUACACGCUUUGCCUCCAGACGGUCACGAAGGCAAUGACGUCGCAAGAUGCGUGUGAGGUGUUCGCUGCUUCGGACCACUUCCAGGUGGCAGCUCUUCGUCUGAAGGCCAUGGAGAACAUAUUAAUCCAUCCCCGCGAGGCCUUGAAACGUCGUCCGAAACUAAGCCAGAAGCUGCUUGAGGAGAUCCUUGACUCGGGUCUUCUGUGUGUGGAAGAUGCAGACCUCGUAGUGAUGCUACGAGGUUGGGGCAAGAACGAAGACGAUGGACUCCAGCCGUUCAUUGACUCUCGCAUCCCGUCCAUGACACGGAAGCCCGGCGAGCAUUCUGAGCAUGUGCUCAACACCCUCUGGAAACGCUAUGAGAGCUAUGAGAGGGCCGGGAGGAAGGGGGCAUUUGUAGGCUACUGGGUGGUGGUGACGCUUGGGCCGCAGCAGGCUGGCAUGGGCUCAGAGAACCCAGGCAAUUAUUUGCUGCCACUUGCUCAAUCUGGCGACGUCAAUGGCCUCGACCAAGGUUGGAUCAAAUGGGAGCUCCCUCACUCCCAGGUUCACAUCAUGGGCGUCUCCUUCUCGCAGAAAAUUCCGCGGACCGUGUCAUUUCAGGUCCUUUGUUCCGCAGAUGGAGCUGCAUGGCACCAAGCCGUUACAUCAAGCAAACAAGAACUCGAGGCGGGCACCGUGCUGCCUUGCGAACAGCCCCCAUACCUGGUGAAAUCCUUCAAGUUGGAGGUUCUGACUGGCCAGCUUCCUUCUUAUGGCCCAGAUGUCCAGUUCCGCAUCCAUGGUUUCUCUUUUGAUGCAUAUUGGGCUGCCUGUUGGCUGCUGGAGGUUGAGAUCGGUGAUGAUUCUGAUUAUGAGUCAGCAUCUUUGUGUUACAUGCUCCUGCAGGCGGAUGACCUGAUGCUUGAACGGCUGCGUUGGGCCAAUAGAAAUUUAGAGGGCUGGGCGGUCCUGGAUGGGUGCGUGGAAGUGAUGCUGCUGCGAGGACCAGCAUUAGCAAGCAUCUCCCGCGCUGGAGCUUACAGUUACAGCAUGGCUCUAGAAUCCAGUGCUCCGGUGAAAGCGCAGGAUCUUAGGUCCGCAUCUUCUGUGUUGGAGAUGUGCAUGGGCAUAGAUGGCAACUUCACCGUGGUGGUGGAGGAGAAUUUGCGGGACAAUGCAGGCUGCAAGAACAGCACAGAAGAUGUUGCCAGCACUGCCGAGGGCUCAGAGACAGGGUCGCAGAACGCGUCUACAGCUUCGGAGGAGACCCUACCUACGGGUGGGGAUGGUGACGAGGUCAAGGUGAAGCGCACCGAGUUUAAGGUAUGGGCUUCCCUGCUCUCGCACUGGUCUCCUGUUUUCAAGAGCUGGAUGAGCUCGGACAGCUACAUGGAAUCCAAGGAAGGGCAGGUGGUCAUCCAAGACUUCUCGGCUGAUGCUGUGAGGAUUUUCCUGCGCUUCUUGUACUCCGGAACAAUUGAAGGGUCUCCUCAAAGGCUUGUUGAGGUGGCCGCCAUGGCAGACAGGUACCAGGUCAGCAAACUGCACGAGCUGUGCGUCCAGACAGUUGCAAAGACACUUCCUGAGGUAGCAUGCGAGGUCUUUGCAGCUGCAGACCACUUCUUUGUGGCGGCUUUGCGUAUGAAAGCGCUGGAGUUUAUUUUCAUUCAUCCCGCAGAGGCCCUCAAGUGCCGCCCAAAGCUAAGCCGGAAGCUGCUUGAAGAGAUCCUGCUCUCGGGCUUGCUAUGUAUGGAGGAUGCAGACCUUGCCACGAUGCUACGAGGCUGGGGCAAGAAUGAAGGCGAUGGGCUCCAGACGUUCAUCGACUUCCAGAUUCAGCGUGCAACUGUGCGGAAGGCCGGUGAGCACUCCAAGAACGUGCUGGGAACCCUCUGGUCUCGCUAUUAUCAGGGUGGCAGGAAGGGCACCUUUGUGGGCGAGUGGGUGCUGGUGACGCUCGGGCGGGAGCAAGGCUCUGAGGAGUCUGGAGGACCAGCAAAUUGGUUGAUGAACUUCGCGCGCAGCAUGGUUGGAAACAAAAGCCUGGGCCCUGGCUGGAUGAGAUGGGACCUUGUUCACUCCCACGUUCACGUCAUGGGCUUCUCGUUCAUCGCGAAGAUUCCGGGGAGCGUGUCGUUUCAGAUCCUUUGUUCGGAAGACGGAGCUGAUUGGCACACUGCUUAUGUUUCCAAGGGACAAGACAUCCCCACAAACAAGGUCCUUCCUUGCCAGUUUUCGGGCCUGGCAAAGUGCUUCAAGCUGCAGGUUUUGAAUGGCGAGAUCGACACCCAGGUCAUUUGUGAGUUCCGCAUCCACGGCAUCUUGCAAACAGAUUGA